CAGCUUAAUCCUAAAACUAAACUUAAAAAAAAAAAAGCAUCCAAACUAUCAGUCAACAAACAAACUACUAGUCAAUUUGCAGAAUCCUAUUUACCGGUCAUAUUCUGCUUGCUCCACAUUGCCGACCCACAAUCCAAUCUCAAUUCAUCUCAAGUCCGAGUGGAAACAGCGAUUGCAGCUUUCUUACUAGUAUUUCUUUUUGUUCCCACUACCCUCCAUCUCCGACACGCCGACUCUUGGCCUUGGUUUCGGUUUCGUUUUCAACCAUAUUUCAAAAAACGCUCUCUCUUUGUCUCUCUGUGUGAAUUUUUGAUCCAUUGGCAAUGGCGAGAGCAAGCAACAAGAACAUACAAGCCAAGCUGGUACUUCUUGGGGACAUGGGGACUGGAAAGACAAGUUUGGUAUUGAGAUUUGUCAAAGGCCAAUUUUUUGAUUUCCAGGAAUCAACAAUUGGAGCAGCCUUUUUCACUCAGGUUCUAUCAUUAAACGAGGCCACCAUAAAAUUUGAUAUAUGGGACACAGCAGGGCAGGAAAGAUACCAUAGUUUGGCACCCAUGUACUAUCGCGGUGCAGCUGCAGCUGUGGUGGUGUAUGAUAUCACAAGCACGGAGUCAUUUCAACGAGCCAAAAAGUGGGUUCUAGAGUUGCAAAGGCAAGGAAAUCCAAAUUUGAUAAUGUUCUUGGCGGCCAACAAAGCUGACUUGGAAGAGAAGAGAAAAGUUUCGAGCGAGGAAGGUGAGCAAUAUGCUAAAGAAAAUGGCUUGGUUUUCCUUGAAACAUCUGCAAAAACUGCACAGAAUGUGAACGAGCUCUUUUAUGAAAUAGCUAAAAAAUUGGUAAAAGCUGCCCCUUCGCGUCCAACUGGAAUGAAAUUGCAUAGCAGACAGCAGGAAAGUGGAAGAAGAAUGUUUUGUUGCUCCUAAAAAGUGGUGAUUCCCAUAUUACUCCGUAUGUAAAUUUCCAAAUGCUCAUUGACUUCAUUAUGUUUUAUGCGUCAAUGAAUUGUUAAUGAUGUAAUCUUUUUCUACAAUUCUACUUAUCAAUACAGUUUUCUUCAAAUGUAAAUUUGUUUGAAAUCAACACCAAAUUUUCACAGGGUUUCCUCAACUAUUUGUGAUGACAAUAUGGUGAUAAUUGAUGAUGGGUCAUCAGAGUUGAAGAUUAGUCUGCUCUCUGCAGAAAGUGAUUCCUUGUAAAAAUUCUAUUGUAUGAAUAGAACUUUAAAGAAAUAACUGAAGUUGCUUAUAAAGUUAUGGUGCAUGUGCAAUUACCAA